AUCAGAGCAGUAGUAUGCGCGUGCGCAGUAGCGCGCCACACAACCGCAACAAGCAAAGAUGGCGGCGGCCGUCGACAGUGUUGUGAAAGUGCUGGGGGAGCAGUAUUAUAAAGAUGCGAUGGAGCAGUGCCACAGCUACAACGCCCGGCUCUGUGCGGAGCGCAGCAUCCUCAUGCCGUUCCUGGACUCCCAGACCGGUGUGGCCCAGUCCAACUGCUACAUCUGGAUGGAGAAGAGGCACCGGAGUGCAGGCCUCGCCCCGGGCCAGCUGUACACGUACCCUGCCCGCCGCUGGAGGAAGAAGCGCCGCGCCCACCCCCCUGAGGACCCCCGCUUGGCCUUCCCACCCCUCAAAGCAGCUGACAUCGAGCUGGGCCUGAAGCGCGACACCCUGGGGGCCGCCGACGGCAGCAGCCUGGAGGCCCUGCUGAAGGGUGAGCCCCUGGACCGGAGGGGGGGCGCCGCCGCCGCCGAGGUCCGCGGGCCGGAGGAGGACCCCGUCCCGGAGCCCGUCGCCGCCUCCGCCUCCACCCACACCUCCUCUGGACGCAUACGCAAGCGGGUGCUGGACCACGACGACUACCUGGACGACCUGGACGAUGAAGACUUUGAGGACGAGACCCCAAAGAGACGAGGCAAGAGCAAGUCCAAGAGCCGCAGCGAGAGGAACAGCAAGAAGAAGUCUGAGGCGGCCGCCGCUGCCCUGGAGGAGCGAGACAAGCCCUACGCCUGUGACAUCUGUGGGAAGCGCUACAAGAACCGCCCGGGCCUGAGCUACCACUACACACACUCUCACCUGGCGGAGGAGGAGGGCGAGGACCGGGAGGAGGUCGAGGCUCCACCGCCUCCACGCCAGCCUGACGAGCCCAAGACCCCUAAGAAGGGUCCCAAUGGACUGGCCCUGCCCAACGACUACUGUGACUUCUGCCUGGGAGACUCCACCCUCAACCAGAAGACCGGCCAAUCAGAGGAGCUGGUGUCCUGCUCCGACUGCGGCCGCUCAGGCCACCCCACCUGCCUGCAGUUCACGGCGGUGAUGAUGGCGGCCGUCAAGACGUACCGCUGGCAGUGCAUCGAGUGCAAGUGCUGCAACGUGUGCGGCACCUCGGAGAACGACGACCAGCUGCUGUUCUGCGAUGACUGUGACCGAGGCUACCACAUGUACUGCCUCAGCCCCCCCAUGACGGAGCCCCCGGAAGGGAGCUGGAGUUGUCACCUGUGUCUGGCGCUGCUGAAGGACAAGGCGUCCAUAUACCAGCAGAACCAGAGCUCCGCCUCUGAUUGAUCGGCCAGGCCCCCUUUUCAGUGAGCUAUGGGGAACCCCCAUCUCCCCGUCCCCUCGCUUUCAGAGCACCCCGGAGUGCGGUCUUAAACACACACACACACACACACACACACACACACACACACACACACACACACACACACACACACACACACACACACACACACACACACACACACACACACACACACACACACACACACCCCUUUUAAGAUCAAAUAGGGAAAACUUCAGCCCCUUUGCAAUACCAUACUCCCAAAAUGAACACGUACACACACACACUAUCUCCACACUGUGGCUCGAUAAAGGGGGAGAUUGAGCACAGUAACCAUGGUAACCAACAUUUCCAUGGAAGCUCUUUGGAGUGAAAAGAUUAGCAUGGCAGCUAAUUACAUAAGUCCUACAUACAUACAGGAAUACAUACUCUCUCUCACACACUCACACACAUACACACACCAUACUUAUACUGUUGGGACUGGUAAAUCCUUUCUUAAAAAAAAAUAAAAAGCCAAAAUGAUAUAGUUGCUAUUGUUGUAUUUCCUCCCUUGUAUGAGUCUGGGAGGGCACCUUUUAACGGAUUAUCAAAACCUUUUUGUGAAGAGAUAUUAACCAUCAAUAGUUGACUGUCGUGGCUGUCUGUCGGAUCGAGGGUUUCCGCUACGCAGAGAUCCACGAGCGCCUGCCCAUCGACCCAUCAGGGUCGGCAGGCUGUCCUCCUAGGAGAGGUCGACCCCGCUGGGCCAGAGGCGGGGCCAGAGGCGGGGCUAGAGGCGGGGAUAGAGCCUGGCUGCCCGGGUACGGCCGCAGACUUGUGGUGGAGCUAAACCAAGCGGACUUGUGGGCAGACGUCUUGGAGUCGUGUUCACGGUAGUGAGAUAUUCUCGUCUACGCCACAACUGACGGGAACACUCUCUGAGCCUUUUGUUGCCUAGCGAUGUGCCCACGUCCCCCCCCUCUAUGUGAUUCAUUGCAGCAAAAAAAAGUAUAAAAAGACAACAGUUUAUUUUCUUUAUUAAAGGCAGAAAUUUGUCAAAUGUUGAUGUACUUUUUGUUACUAGCGAUCUGUUGCAGUGAACUCUUAAGUUAACCCUCCCCCAACACACACACACACACACACACACACACACACACACACACACACACACACACACACACACACACACA